GAACAGGUGUGUUGGCAGGAAGUCUACAAAGGCACAGCUGCUGGUGGCUCUGGCCCGGUGUUUUGGUGCACACACAGCGAAAUUUGGCAAUGUAUGUGAAGCAAAUCGGAGUCUGCUUCAGUGUCCUUUUCAUUUCCACCAUCACGAUGAUGACUGUACCUUCAGUGGGCCGGUGUGAGUCCACAGCUCGUUCCCCACAACCAGAACCCCCGGAAGCUGCUCAUCAUGUCCGGAGCAGCCUCUUAAGGAGAAGACGAGAGGCCAGAGAAGGGCGACAACCCGGCCCGAGGCGCGGAGAAGAGUCGGGAAACCCCCCGCUGUCUGAGGACGAGCACAUACAGACUGAAACCACUGGAACAAGGCCGGAACGGAGGCCCAGGCCCAGAAUGGGCCACAAACCGAGAAAAACGGAGGGGGAGUCGAUGUUUUCCUCUCUCAGCCUUUCCAACCAAAACUGCAGCGUAGGAAAAAUCAGAUCUAUAACUCGCGGAGAGUUUUACAUAACGGGCCACGAUGAAGCAAGCGCCUCCAAUGUGAGCCCCCAGCCCAGUUCUGUCCCGGGCCUGCACAGGGUCAGAGGUCAGCCAGCCGGCGGCUCAGAGGAGAACUGGCUGCAACCUGUGGUGGAGUGUGGCGCCGACGCCAUGACGCUCUCUGUCAGGAGGAGACGAGCUGCACAGCUGCUGCUGGACCGAGAGAGCGAGUCGUCUGUCCCGCUGUCCCAGCUGCCGCCUCACUGUGGUUACUCUGUUCAGACCUCGUGGAGAGACCUCAGUCUGACGGCUCGUUGUGACGCCUGCCAUGUCACACAGGAGGGUGACCGUUACGUGUUGUCCCUGCUGUGGAGGGGUUCUCCAGUCAAGGUCUCCUGCCCAGUCUCCCGGAUGCAGCCUCGUGUCGGGGCCGUGCCCUCCCUGUGCUGCUCUCUGUACGGUUUGACAGUCCGAGUGCAGGGCCCGUCCGCUACAGAGGAGCUCAGGGUCAAUGUGCGAGGAGAGUGGACCCCUGUGGCGGCGCUGGCUGAGCAGUGCGGCUACACCUUGGAGAGAAAAGACGCAGAAGUCGAAAUCGCUGCUCCGUUCCCCUCGUGUGGCAUCACAGUAAAGGAUGGAACACAUGUUCUGGUUCUUCAGCUAGGAGGCGAAACGUUCAGCCUGUCCUGUCCUGUGUCUCCACUUGACAAACGCCCACAGACCCGCAAACCUCUGACCCGCAAACCUCUGGACAUCUCUCAUCAAGCCAGAGAGUUGAUGCAGCCUUUGUCGGAAUCCCCUGAGCCUCUUCAGUGGGCUCCGCCUUUCUACCUGGCCCCACCGUAUUAUCCCCACCCUACAUAUCCUCUUAGACCUGAAGCAUAUCACCCUCCUACACCCUCACCUCCAGCUCCUCGCGCUACAUUCCGUCCACAGCCUCUCCCUCCUGCUGAUUCCCAGCCAGACUACCAGGACUACCACACCCACCGGGCUCAUAAACCCUCUGGUGUGCACAGGCCUUUAUCAUCUACUGAUGAAAUGGAAGAGCCACGUUGGGUGUAUCCAGAUUUACAGCAGGAGCCUCUGUCUGAGAGGGAUGGUGCCACAGCUGCAGGACCUUCUCUGCAGCCCCCCAGCCAUGCCUUUAAUCCAUACUACCACUACUACCAUCACCCGAAAAUCCCUCUUUCUGGACCGUAUCAAAGUCCUGAUCCAGGUCCAGAGGUUCCUGAAGAACUCUCAACCAUUGUUCUUAAUGGUGAAUUUCCAGUGUUGUAUCCUGGCGUCCAGCAGCCUGAGGCUAACUCGGGGCAGUUUUCUGAGAUGCUCCCUCUUCUCUACACUCCCCUGUCAAGCCCUACAUUUGGUCACAGUGCUCCUGAUCCUUGCCAUCCACUUCCUUAUCCGCUCCACUACUUGCAUUACAUUCCAUAUAUUACUCGGGGUGAAGAAAAAGGAUUGGCACCUCUACAUCCAUACCAGGCUGCAGAAACCAAUUUGUCCUUUAUUUACCCAGUUCCUCACAAGCACAACAUGAUUCCUUACGUAGCUCUGCCAAACGCAGACAGAGUGGUAAACGGUGAAGCAUCCAGGUCAGAACAGAUCAAACAUCUACGUUUGUCUGGAGGAGAUGAUGAUGAAAAGAAACUCAAUGCACCAGUGACUCCUCUCCCACCCAGUUACCCUUCUGGACCAGACCUUGUUGCACCCCCUCCUCCUCACCUGUACUACCUCCACCCUUAUCACUACUAUCAGAUGUAUUAUGGAGACACUGACAGCCAUGCAUCUCUGACUUCAUCUAAAAAAGCGUUAGACAAACGUCAAACCACACCUCCAUCUACAAAAUUUGAGCAUGAUGUUCAGGAAUUCCCUCUGCAUCCUUACUACUACUACUACCAGCUCUACUACCAGCCUGAGGUCACUGGAGAUGACCAGGAAGUGCAUCUUGCAGGCAACAUGGACUCUGGGAAAGCAUCAGGAUCUCAGCUUCCCUGUGAGUCUGACUCCAGCAGGAUGGAUCUGCUGGUUCAUGCUGAUGCGCCAGGUUACCUCAGCAUGCACAGCCCCUUCUGUAGCAUCUGGUCCCAUUUUCUGACUCAGCAACAUCUGUUUGAUGCUGGGUGUCUAAAUGGACAAGAAGCAGAAGAGAGGCCAGAUAAUGAAAUCAGAGUGUCCCAUCCUGCUCACCAUGUGUCCUGCAGCCUCCACGAGCUGACCUCUGACCCUGACAUCUACACUGUGCCCCUCGAUGGGCAAUGUGGUGUAAGCGAACAUGGGUUUCCUCUGCCAGUGGUUGAUCUGUGCCAGGUCCAUGGUGUCUCCUCACUUCAACAAGACCAUGACAACUCUCCUGUCAGGUUGACGGACUGUAGCUCCUCUCCAGGUGAAGUGAGGCUCCAUGGGAUGGAUGGGCCUACUCCACCUGCCAUGCAGUCGAAACCACUCGCUGUGCAGCUGAGGAUUGCCACAGACCAGAGCUUCUCCAGCUACCACCCUGAGGCUCAUCUGCCUCUCAGCCUUGUACAAGGCCACCCCCUUUAUUUGGAAGUGAGCCUACUGGACCCCCCAGAUCCUGACCUAGUGCUGCUGGUUCACUCCUGCCUGGCUUACACCCACACUCCAUAUACCAGCUGGAUGCUCGUUUACGAUGGCUGCACCAGCCUGGAUGAUCCACAGCUGCUUCCCUCUCCACACUCUGACCCCCACCACAUCCGGAGGAUCGUCAUCUCCAGCUUCCUGUCCCUGCCGUCACAUAGUCCCUGGUACCUGGCUGGAGUAGGACAUGCUUACCUGGACCCAGAGGUUUACUUCUUGUGCUGGACAGAAGUGUGCUCCCCUGCAGAUGCUGACUGCUUUGUCGGCUGCAUGGACGGUCCCAACAGUGACGUGUGAGCAAUGAAAUAAAGACGCUUACAAAACUGCACUUGUUUGUCUUUUUAUGCCAGAGAAACCCUUCUAUAAUAUUUAUUUCUUCCAUUGUGAAAAACAGUGCAAUGCAGCAUUUAGUAGUACAGAGAAGGAAAAUACACAAGCAGUUCAAAGCGUAAACAUAAACAAGGCACUUAAUACACUUUCAUUUGGUCACAGAAGCUGUAAAAAGAACAGCGCCCCGAGGGGGUCGGCUUCACUACAACGGGUUUUAAUGGCAUGGCAGCAGGGACUUCUUCUCAAUAUGACAUCACCGUUCACCUAAUGCUGCACAGCUCUGACACAUGCCAUUUAAAAUGCUGAUGCAGCAGGUUCGACAGCCUCAAACAGAACCUGCAGAAUAUUUCUGUGACAAAGUCCUUGACUUGAUGUCCUGGGCCCCUCUGAACACACAUCAUCAGCACAGGACAUGAAGUGGAAUGUGGUUUUCACAAAACUAUGGUAAAGAAAAG